CUCUACUCCAGCCCAGAGCACAGUUAAUCUUUCAUCUCGCCAUCCUCUUCUUGGAUUCCUCAGAGUGGAAGCCAACACCAGCAAAACUACAAGGAUUCCAUGGUUUAAGUUUCACAUUUUAAAGACAACUUACUAGAGAACUGAUUACAGAAUAAAAGGAGCACAUUAAUGUCUGGCGUUGUCAGGAUUAUUCAGCAGCUUUUAUUAAAGCACCAUGACUUCCUGAAAGGGCUUGUUGUUGUCAAGAUUUUGGACAAGGGGGGCAGCUCUUCAUGUUGAAUAGAUGACUGAGGAAUAACCACUGCCUGAUGGUGUGUAAAAUAAGCCUGAAAAAAGAAGAGACUCGAGCUGAAGAUCAUUGAUGUUAGGGAUCUGUCAGGGUAGAUAAAGAUGAAUCUUUUUUGGAGACGUCACAUUUAUCCAUCACUUGCUUUAACAUUAGUGACUUUGAGGUUUUUAAGCUCUUCAUUUAUCAAAGUAAAUAAUGGGAUGACAGUGAUGAAAGGACAGAUUGGCUACCUAUCAGAACAUGACCUACAGUUCUCCAUACCCAAGGAGAAAGAUGCCUGCAAAGUGGAAGUUAUUGUUAAUGAACCAAUAACACAGAGAGUUGGAAAGUUAUUUCCGCAGGUAUUUGACUGUCACUUGUUGAAUAAUGAAGUAAAAUACAUUCACUAUGGCUGCCCCAUUUUAGAUGAAGAUGAAGUCAUGCUACGGCUGUACAGGUUUACAGAAACUCAGACAUUCACAGAGAACUUCAUACUGAGGGUGAAGUUAGUGGAACCAGAUUGUAAUAUAAUAAAGCUAGGACCUAAGACACUGGAAGUCACAGAAUUCUAUGGGCUAUCAAAUAUCAUUGACAAGAACACGCUGAACUUUGACUAUGAAAAAAGAAUGAAUCUGGAGUGCACUGUGCGGGUGGCUUCUUUGGAAUCUCAUUUGCCAGCUCAUGGUCAACUUGUCACAGGAGAUCCUGCAAAAGAACAGCCACGUGGGGACCAUCCACACAGCUUUUUCAGUGGAUCCAGCCAUAAGCUAAGUCCACUAUGCAAAAGUGGAGGCUGUAUUCCCGGGCUAAAAAAGUUACAAACUACCAUAAAAAACAGCUGUGAGGAGUUUCUUCUUAUGGGGAUGAGGUAUCAGCAUUUAGAUCCUCCAUCUCCAAAUACUGACUACAUCAGUAUCAGACUGGACCUCACUGACACCCGUAGCAAAGCUGUUUACAAGUCUGAACAUGCUUGGAUUCCCAUUCACAUUCGAAAUGCUUUACCUAAUCAGAUCCCCAAAGCCGCAUUCAUGUCAAUGUUUAUUUUAGAAGUGGACCAGUUCAUCCUCACUCCUUUCACCACUGCAGCACUUGAUGCAGAGGACAGUGAAACAAGCAAACCUCUGCUAGUCUUCAACAUUACAGACGUUCCUCGUGAAGGAUUUAUCACCCAUCUCAGUGAUCAUACCAAGCCUAUAACAUCUUUCACAUGGAAAGAUCUAAAUGACAUGCUCAUUGCAUAUCAACCACCAAACAGCAGUCAUGUCGAAAGAAAAAAUAUGGAGGUAGAAUUGGAAGUCCACGAUUUUUUCUUUGAAAGAAGCUCUCCAAUUACAGUUCACAUAUCUAUUAGGACAGCUGAAACAAAUGCCCCUCGGGUAUCUUGGAAUAUGGGUCUGGAUCUUUUGGAAGGUCAGUCUCGAGCAAUUACAUGGGAACGAUUUCAAGUAGUAGACAAUGAUAAUAUUAAUGCAGUUCGCCUAGUGAUUGUGGAUGGCUUACAGCAUGGACGAAUAACUGUAAGAGGAGGAAAAGGAUUUAUGUUCACUGUUAAAGACAUAAAGGAUGGGGUUGUCUGCUACCAUCAUGAUGACAGUGACACAACCAAAGAUUUUGUGGUAUUCAGAAUAUUUGAUGGACGUCACAGCAUUCGGCACAAGUUCCCCAUUAAUAUUCUUCCUAAAGAUGACAGUCCGCCUUUUCUCAUCACAAACACAGUCAUUGAACUCUUGGAAGGACAGACUGUUCUUAUUCAAGGUUCAAUGCUAUGUGCCUCGGACAUGGACUCCAGUGAUGAUUAUAUUCGCUUCAACAUCACUAAGCAGUCAGUGGCUGGAAGCAUUAUGAAGAAACCAGGACAGAAAGCCUUAGCUUAUCCUGUUACCACUUUCCUGCAAAGGGACUUAUUCAAUGGUAUCAUUUAUUAUAAGCAUCUUGGAGGAGAAAUUUAUGAAGAUGUAUUUGAAUUUAUUCUAUCUGAUAGUCAUACCCCUCCCAACUUGUCUGGUCCUCAGGUUGUGAUUAUACAUAUAACACCAGUGGAUGAUCAAUUACCUAAAGAGGUCCCUGGAACAAUUCGCCACCUGAUUGUUAAAGAAACUGAUGUUGUCUGUAUUACAAAGAAACAACUACACUUUAUAGACACAGAAUCUCCAGAAAGAGAACUUGUUUAUACUUUAACCAAGCCUCCAUGCCGAUCCUCACACUCUUGCAGCGACCUAGAUGCUGGGAAAAUUUUUCUUGUGGAUAGUAUUUCAAAAUUUCAAAAGGAUCAUACUGCUAACAUGACAUCAACUUUUACUCAGCAUGCAGUGAGCCACAUGAAAGUCGCAUAUAUGCCUCCAAUGGAAGAUAUAGGUCCUGAUGUUCUACAUGUGGGCUUUACCUUAUCAGUCAGUAAUCAUCAUGGAGGUACCUUGUAUGGUAUCUGCUUCAAUAUCACAAUACUUCCGGUAGACAACCAGCCUCCACAGGUAUUCACGUAUGAUUUGAGAGUGGAGGAAGGCAGCUCUCAUCUCUUGACUGUAGAACACAUCCAUAUCACUGACAAGGACACAAAUCAAGACAAGCUUUGGAUCACGUUACAAGCAGCACCAUUACAUGGCAUAAUCCAACUAGACGGGAUACCGAUCAAUGAAGGAGAUCAUUUCAGCUACCUGGACUUAAGCACAUUAAAAGUUAGGUACCUGCAUGAUGGUUCAGAGACACUACUGGAUGAAAUAGGAUGCAUAGCUACAGAUGGGAUAAAUUCUGCAGAGUUUCUUCUAAAAAUACAGGUUUUACCAGUAAAUGAUGAGCCACCAAGAAUGAAGGACGACCUAUUACCAACAAUAAACUGUCCAGAGGGGGAUGGAGUGGUGAUUUCAAUUGAUUAUAUCUAUGCCGUUGAUGCAGAUAGUGAUGAUAUGAAGCUGAUGUUUAUGAUUGCACGGCAGCCUCGCUGGGGUAUUGUUCAGAAGAAUGGAGUCACCAUUGACCGGUUCUCUCAAAGAGAUGUUAUUGAAGGAUCUGUGAUCUACAGGCAUACGGGUGGAGAAAUUGGAUUGAAGCCUUGCUAUGACAUUAUAACCCUUGUUAUUUCGGAUGCAGACCUGGAUGAGGAUGUAAACAAAUGCUGCUUUAAUGGACCACAUAACCCACAAGUGCCCAAUCAUGACACUUUUCCUGUGUAUGACCUGAAUAUCACUGUUUUUCCAGUGGAUAACCAAUCACCAUCAAUUACAAUAGAUGACAUAUUUACUGUGGAUGAAGGCAAAUCAUGUACAAUUACUGCACGCCACUUAGAUGCCAGUGACCCAGACACAGACAACAAUGCUCUGCAGUUUGUACUGGUCUCUCCUCCUCAAUAUGGCUACAUAGAGAAUAUUCUCCCAUCUCCGGGGUUUGAGAAAAGUAACAUUGGAAUAAGUAUUGAUUCGUUUACACCGAAGGACAUCAUAUCCCAAAAUAUAAAUUAUGUGCAGUCCAGGCAUCAGCGGAUGGAACCGACUGCAGAUCAGUUUACAUUAUAUGUCACUGACGGAAAACAGCGCUCCCAUGAGAAACCAUUUUAUAUUGUAAUCCACCCAACAAAUGAUGAAGUUCCAGAAUUUAUGGCAAGAAAUAUUACAGUGGAGGAAGGCCAAAUGAGAGAACUUAAUCCUUCAGUAAUUAAUGUGUCAGACAUGGAUGUCCCCCAGAAUUACUUAUCAUUUAUUGUUACAGUAAAUCCUCAUCAUGGAUUAAUUAUUGAAGAAAGUUAUGGAAUAGAGCAAAUGAAGCAAAUGCUUAAAAAACACAAAAACAACACUGUUCCAUUCGUACAUGACUUCACAAUGGAGCACCUCAGAAAUGGUAUGAAGCUAGUAUAUUUGCAUGAUGACUCUGAAAACCUUGCUGACAGCUUCACAAUCCAAUUAUCAGAUGGACAACAUACGGUGGAGAGAACGAUUUUUGUCACUGUUAUUGGGGUUAAUGAUGAAAUACCAAUUCUUACAAAGCACUGUGAAGUAGUGCUGAGCAUGGGUGAACAUUAUAUUAUUUCAAGUGCUGUACUGUCAGCCGAAGAUAAGGAUACUCCCAGAGAUGACAUUUACUAUAUAAUUGACAAAACUCCAGGCCAAGGAGAACUUCAAAUGAAGGUACAUGACAGCUGGAAAAAUAUGGAUACUGGAACGAAGUGCAGUCAAGAGGAUAUUGAUAUGAAUCUGGUCAGAUAUGUCCAUAGGGGAACACUUGGAUCAAAACAUGAAGACAGCUUUACUUUCCACCUGUGGGAUGGCAGAAACAGGUCUCCUGAGCUACAGUUUCACAUCAUAGUUAAAGAUAUGGAGAAAGGAGACAUUGCAGUAUUUGUGAAAACACUUCAUGUGUCAAGAGGAGACAGGGUCAUCUUGAGCACUAAUGUUCUUCUGGCCACUGAUGGCACAGACAAGCCUGAAGAGCUGCUAUACAUAGUCUCCUCACCACCUCAGCAUGGGCAGAUUGAAUAUGUCAACCAUCAUGGAAUUCCCAUAACAAGCUUCAGUCAGAUGGAUGUGGCCGCUCAGACUGUCUGCUAUGUCCACAAUGGCAAAGCUGCAGCUGCUGCUGAUAUGUUCAAAUUCCUUGUCAGCAACGGGCUGCAAACAAAGCAUGGUACCCUGGAUAUAGCAGUGGAGAUGGUAGACAAAACUCUUCCAACGUUGUUCAAGAAUUAUGGUCUUAGACAAAUGAAAGGAUCUAUGGCAUUGAUUACCCCUGAAGUUCUGCAAGCAACUGACCCAGAUACAUCAGUGGAGAAUAUUACAUUUGUACUGCUUAGCCUUCCUCAAUAUGGGCAAAUAUAUUUAAGAGGUGUACCAAUGAAGAGGAACAACUUCACCCAGAAAGAUAUCGAUAAUAUGGAUGUUGCCUACAGACAUGGAGGACAAGACGCUCAGAUUGACAAGUUCACAUUCCUGAUAAUGGAUAAAACAAAUAAAGGAUUUAUACUUAAUGGGAAAUUGCAGAUGGAUCCAGAGCCAUUCAUUAUACAGGUGGAUUUUCCAGAUGAUAUAAUUCCUAGAAUUAUCCACCUUUUCUGUGUAUCAAAAGUUCAGCUUCUUGAUGAUGGUCGCUACGGAACCUACAUAACUUCUAGGGAAAUAAUGGCUAUUGAUCCAGGGACAAAGGAGGAAAAUAUUGUCUUUAAAAUAUUAAAAGCUCCUCAGAGGGGAUACUUGGAAAAUGUUUUAUCAGGCAAAUUUAUUGUAGAUCAAUUCACACAGAAGGAUCUGAGCAGCAAGUCCUUAUUGUAUAUUAUAAAUCCAUCAGUUGAUGAAUGCGAAGAUUCAAUACAUUUUGAAGUUACAGAUUCAUCUGGAAACAGAGCUGCACCCCAAAUCUUGGAAAUAAAAUGGUCUCGCAUUGAAUUGCUCCAGGGCAUAUAUGAGGUGUGUGAGUCGGAAGCACUGGUGCCUUUGAAGAUAACACGAAGGGGUUAUUCUGUAGAUUCUGCUUUUAUUUCACUACAGGUGAAUGGAGUUAGUGCUGUGGAUGGAAAAGAUUUUUCUACAAACCCUUCAAGACUUAUCCAGUUUGAUCCAGGAGUGUCAACCAAGACGUGGAAUAUAGCAAUUACUCAGGAUGGAUUAGAAGAGGACGAUGAGACCUUUGAAGUGAUUCUAAAUUCUCCCGUGAAUGCAGUUCUUGGCUCUAAUACAAGAGCUGUAGUGAAAAUUGUGGACCCCAGAGGAGGAACUUGCCAUAUUGGAAAGGUAAAAAGUACUGGGCAAAACUGCACCAAUAAGGCAGUACAUCUGCAAUGUAACCAAGGUCUGAGAGACUCUCUGCUGCCUAAUUUAAAAGGGUCAGAAGGAGUCAUCAGAGAAGAUAUGCCAGAAGAUUUUAACCCUAUACAUAAUGGGAAAAAAAGGCUCAGACUUAUCGGAAAUGGGAAAUCAGUAAAACCAUCUUCUGUGCACCAUAAUGGAAAUGAAACAAUUUAUACAUAUCAUGGCAUCGCUUCACUUAGACUAGAAGAAGAUAAAAUCAACUCCAGCAAGAUAGCAAGAAUGACGGUGAGAAAUCUUGGUCAGCAAAGGAAGGGGGUUGCGCCUCAAAGGAAAGAACAUUUUCAGUCAGACAGAGCUGUGAUGACUUCUGAUAUUUCCGCUACAAACCAAAAGAAAACAUUGCAGUUUCCAAAGGAUUGUACUCCAGACUUGAAAGGACUUUUACAUUUUGAUCAAAGGAGCCAACAGCUUUUUCAAUGUGAUGGUUUAUCAUGGAAUACCUGGGUAGCAACAACCAAGGCAACAAAAUGUCCAUUUGGCUGGACUCCACAUGACAGCAGCUGCUACAAACACAUCACUGAGCAGAAGGCCACAUGGAUCACCGCAGCCCGGAUAUGUCGGGAACUAUACAAUGCCAGACUUGUAGACAUUUUCUCUAAAGAACAGAUGGACUGGAUGUGGAAUUUUAGUGGGAGGAAAUCAUUUUGGAUUGGCCUUAACAAUCGAGUAAACCAUGGUAGAUGGGAAUGGAGCAAAGGAGAGAAGGCUGUGUAUACCAACUGGAAAAGAAACCCACCUCGCCAUUCAAGAAAGGGGAGAAAUUGUGUUUCAGUUCAAAAGAAAGGAAAAUGGCAGGUCAAGAACUGCCGAAAGAAUUAUCAUUAUAUUUGCUUGAAAAAUAUGUAACAAAUCUGGCUUUUACAAAGUGGUGUACAUUUCUAAAUAUAUUUAUUGAUCAGAUUUUUUUUUAAUUUUUUUGAUUUCUUUGCCCUUGUUUAUACUACAAGUGUAAAUUUCUAAUAUAUCUCAGUAUCAAUCUUAUCUUAUAUCCAUCCAUCUAUGUUUAUUUUCCUUCAAAACUUGUAUAACAAGUUGAGUGCUAGAGUAAUUGAUAUCUUACAUUAGUAAGAAGUAUUGAUUGGAUUUUGACUAGUGUUAUUUCAUAUGCUUGAUCUCAUCCUUGUUUUCCAAGUUGUAAAAAGUUUUAAUCACAAAAAUCUCAACAGUACAAAAGACUAAGGUGGUUAUUCAUCAUUGUGUUCUAUGCCUUUUUAUGGUCUAUAUCUGCAAAUUUUCUUUACUUUCGCACUAAUUGCAUUUUUUUUGUCCUAAAUUUUGACCUUUUGGUCUUGCUAAACCAGUUUUUGAAGUGACGGAUGCAGUGGUAAUGUAUUUAUUAUCUGCGUGCUUUAAAAUUUUGCGAAAAAUCUUCCGCAAAUGGUGCAAAAAAAAACAAAACAUAAAUCUAGACCACCUCCUGACCAGGUCUAAAAAAAUUACUACUCCUGUCUGUUUGCCAAAAAUCAAAAAACAUCAACCAAAGUGAAUGUCACGAUGCCGGCUGGCAGGAGGUGGAUCCUCUGUGCCAGAGAGGGAUGGCGAGGACCGUGCUAGUGGACCGGUUCUAAGACACUACUGGUUUUCACCAGAGCCCGCCGCAAAGCGGGAUGGUCUUGCUGCGGCGGUAGUGACCAGGUCGUAUCCACUAGCAACGGCACCUCUCUGGCUGCUGA